AGAGCCACGAAGGCAAAGGGCAUGGAAAGGGCAUGCGCAUGCGUCUAGGGGUGCCCGAGGCCCGGAACAGAGCCAGGUGGCUUCGAGAGCUGGGGUCACCGCGGAAAACAAGUCAUUGCGCCCCACAGGACACCAUGGAUACCCGGGGACAAGUCUCCCAACCUUUUCAGCAGCCUGAGAAACCUGGUCGUGUCCGCCGUCGGAAGACUAGGCGGGAACGUAACAAGGCCCUGGUGGGCAGCCGCCGGCCAUUAGCCCAUCACGAUCCUCCUGUGGCCAUUCGGGAUCCACCUGUGGUCCCUACUGCCUCCAAGCUCGUGGUCAUAACCCAGGGCCGGCUGAGCCGGGAGCAUCGGGGUCUCUUCAACCACGAGGUGAAAUCCCUAGAUGUUGCAAGGCUGCUUAGCAGUGGGACACUGGUGCCAGGCAGCCCCACACUCCCCGCCAAGCCCUCUCCAAGCCCAGGCAGGGCCCAGGAAAUAGCCCCACAAUCCAGGGACAAAGAGAACCAGAUGCCUGGAGGCUCGGGCCCAGGCCCACCCAGGUCCCCAGAGUUGCCUGGCGUGGGGCAGCUGCUGGCAGAGCUGCAGUGUCAGCUGAGUUUGCCACAGGCCUUCCCCCGGAGGAACCUGAUUCAGGAUGCCAGGGAUGCCAUCGUGUGUACCUUGCAGGCCUGUCAUGGUUGUGUGCCUGACCUUGCACUGGUGCUUCGGGGCUGCCAGCCACCCUUGCCAGGGGCCAAGCCUGGGGUCCCUGAGAGAAAGAUGACACCCUUCUGGAUCAAUAGCCCUGAUCAAGUCCCAGAGGAGGGGAAGCAAAGGAAGCAACAAGGGACAAAGGAGUUCACCUUCCCCAUGCCCUACACCUCCAGCAUGCCCACUGCACACAGGGGGAGUAUGGCACCGCCAAGAGGUCCCUGGCCACCAUACUUUCCCUCACUGUCUUCGCCAUCUGGAACAGCCUGGGGUCCUCCAACAGCGUUUGACUUGCUAAAAAGCAUCUGGCUGGUAGCCACGCCACCCCCUCCUCGGCCCUGGGGGGUUGGCCUCCCUCAGCCCCUGCCUCAGCCUUCAUCAUCCCUGUUGCCCCAAACCUCUGUCCUGGACUGGAGCCCCUGCCCUCCUUCCCCACCGCCCAGCCUCUCCUGGGUAGUGGCCCAGAGCAGUCCGGAAGCCUGGUCUUUUCCACCCAUGAGACUGUACUGAGGAGGGGCUGGGGCUAGGGCUGGGGACAGAUAUCUUGUAUUCCCAGUGACCUCAAUAAAGUACUUUUCAUGG